AUGGAGCUUAACUGUCUUAGGACUGGCGCAGGCUUCUUGACCCUAAUAUCUGAUGGGGUCUCUGGCGCUAUCCUUGGUGAGAAAUAUAUACAAAUUUUGACGCUGUAUCACGGACCAUUUCCACAACACCGUUAA